AUGUCACAAGUAUCAUCCUACCUCCCCCCGGGAGAAGGCUUCCUACCAAAGUGGCUCCUCUUCAUCGCAGUAGUCGCCCUCGGCAACAGCAUCCAAAGCUAUACUUCCCUCCGCGGCACCCGCGAAGUCUACGCCGGCAACAACCCCAGCGCCGUCACUCCUCUAUCAGCCCGCACAUUCGGAACCUGGACAGGCCUCAGCAGCAUUAUCCGCCUCUACGCCGCGUACAACAUUUCUAACCCGGUGGUCUACCAACUCGCGCUCUGGACAUACGGGAUCGCAUUUGCGCAUUUCUUCAGCGAGUGGUUGAUCUUCGGUACGGCGAAGUGGGGACGUGGAUUGGGAGGGCCGGUGUUUGUGAGUACGGUUACUACGGUGUGGAUGGUGGCGCAAUGGGGAUGGUAUGUCAGGUAG